AUGAAGUGUGUUUUGUUAAUACUCGCUCUGACGAGUACGGCGAGGAGUCAGGUUCCCGAUUCUAUUGGUACGUUUAAUCCAAACUAUCCUCAACAAACCUACCAAGAUAACAAUCAGAAUGGAAGUAUAUAUCGUCCAAACUCUCAAGUACCCUAUGGCAGUUUUCCAGUGAACGGUAACGAUUACAAUUCGGGUCAGAGUUCGUUUUAUCAAGACAAUUUUAAUUCUGAUAAUUACGGUAACAAUGAUAACGAGGUUGACCCUCAAAACACGGCGACGUAUUACGCCGGCUUGGACUACGAAGAGAGAUACAGGUGUCCGCCUAAUUGGAUCAGGUUCCGAGAAUCAUGUUACCGUUUCACUAAGUCGCCAGACCGCCCACGAAAUGAGGCCCGUAAAAUUUGUUUAGCUUAUGAAGCCGACCUGGCGUCGGUCAAUAGUCCUGAAGAGCAUGGAUUUAUUAUUACCAAUCUAAUGAGAUUAGACCCACAGAAGGGUUCCUGGUACAUUGGCGCUCACCAACAGUCUCCAGGGUAUUGGUCGAACGAUGCUGAUGGUUCUCAGUUAACUGGAUUAGAAAAUGCAUUUUUCAAUGAUCAUUCACAAAUAUACACAAGUUAUAACAUAUUACCUCGUGACUAUUUGGUGUACAAAUUCUCACACCAGGAUGGUCGCUGGGGACUGUCUCCUGUUGAGGGCACACAGUACUAUCAUUUUAUUUGUGAAGGACAGACACAGAGACUGCAUUAUCUUAUUGAAGAAGAAAGAUCUUUCACAUAUGGACUAGAAACUUAUGAUCCUGAGAGGAUUCCUAGAGGGCCUUACUUUAUAAAGGAGCCAGUUGAUACCAUUUACGAUCCUAUGAGGAACUACCAUGUUCAGUUAACUUGCAUUGCUGGUGGGUACCCUGCACCUGUCUACAAGUGGUACAGAGAAGAAUAUCAGGUAGACAACCCUGUUUACACUGAGAUUGAUCCGCUGGUUGAUACCAGAUUUGUCCUAAGUGGUGGAACACUCAUGAUUUACACUCCUGACACUGAUAAAGACAAUGCAAGAUAUCACUGCACAGCUUCCAAUAAAUUCGGUACUAUCCGGUCAGAGUCAGUACGCUUAUCUUUUGGUUUUAUUAGAGAGUUCAAUCAAAAGAGAUCUGUUGAAAGUGGUAAUCAAUACUGGGGCAAAGUAAUGUACUGUGAUCCACCAUCUUAUUAUCCUGCCGUGAACUUCUUAUGGGCACGUAACUAUUUCCCUAAUCUUGUAGAAGAAGACAAACGAGUCUUUGUGUCUUAUGAUGGUGGACUCUACUUCUCUGCUUUAGAAACCAUUGACAGGGGAAACUACAGCUGUAAUGUCAUGAGUAAGGUGUCUGAUGCAGGCCGCAAUGGACCUUUCUUCCCAUUGUAUGUCUACCCACAUUCUGAUUAUCAGCAUCUAAAAUUCCCAAAUAAUUUCCCGAAAGUUUUCCCUGAAGCACCAGUAGUUGGACAGGAAGUACGCCUCGAAUGUGUGUCUUUUGGUUAUCCUGUACCUUCUUAUAACUGGACCAGGAAGAAUGGCAAUAUGCCAAAGAGAGCACGUCUGAGUAACUAUGAUCGUGUCUUAACAAUACCCAAUGUUGGAGUAGAAGAUGAAGGAGAAUAUAUUUGUGAUGUAAAGAAUGACCGGGCACAUAUAUCUAACAGUGUCUUCCUGAAGGUCCAAGCUAAACCUAACUUUACUAUUCCCCUAGCAGAUAAGCACAUGGAUAAUAAAGGCGAAUUGCAUUGGAAUUGUGAAGCAUUCGGUAUUCCAGAUGUUAACUAUACUUGGUGGAAAAAUGGGCAGAAAUUGACAAUGGAUACUCUAGAGCCUGAUGAUAGAGAUCGAUAUGUAAUUCAAGAUAAUGUAUUAAUUAUUAAAUACUUAGACCCAACUAGAGAUCCCGGAAUGUAUCAGUGUGAAGCCAAAAAUCAACUGAAAGCCAGUUAUUCCACAGGACAGUUACGCGUAUUGUCUUUAAAACCGUCGUUUAAAAAGCGUCCUCUUGAGUCUGAAACCUACGGUUCUGAGGGUGGUAAUGUUACGUUAAAAUGUAACCCCGAGGCUGCUCCUAAACCAACUUUUACUUGGAAAAAAGAUAAUAUCGUAAUCGGUGCUGGAGGCAAAAGAUUUAUUGCCGAAACUGGAAACCUUAUAAUUCGACAGCUAUCUAGAGAUGACGAAGGUGUUUAUACAUGCGUGGCUAAAAACCAAUAUGGAACUGAUGAAAGUAGAGGACGACUCAUUGUACUACGCGCACCACGCUUCCUUGAAAGACUUCCUCCUAGAAUCACAACACAAGUUCAUCAAGUGGUUUUCUUACAUUGUAGCGCUGAAAUAGACCCGAUGCUAGAUACAGCGUACCUCUGGAAUCACAACGGUAUUCGUAUGAAGGAAGCCGCAGAUCUGUAUGCUGAUAAAAGAAUAAAAAUCGAUGGAGGAGAACUGACUAUUCUAAAUGUUAGUUUGUCUGAUGUCGGAGACUAUGAAUGUGUAGUAAAGUCAGCUAUUGGACGGAUAUCUUCCCACACUCAGCUGCGUAUCGAAGGACCACCGGGUCCUCCUGGUGGCUUGCAGACCCUCAAUAUACAACGAUCUUCUGUUACACUGGAAUGGACGGACAGCAAUUCGAAUGGUCGUCCAAUCAUUAGUUACAUGGUCACAGGUCGCACACACUGGAACGCGACGUGGUAUACGAUCAGCGAAAACGUCGCUAAUGUUAUAGAAAUUGACCGAUACAAUGGACGUAAACGUGCGACAAUAGUAACGACUUUAAUGCCGUGGGCCAUUUAUGAGUUUAGAGUCCAAGCCGUAAACCAGUUGGGUCCUGGAAAACCUUCAGCGCCUAGUCCACAAUUCUCUACUCCUGCCGAUAAGCCGUAUGAAGCGCCCGCUAAGGUGGGAGGUGGAGGAGGAAAAACCGGUGACCUCACUAUUACAUGGAAUCCUUUGCCAUCAUCUUUACAGAAUGGACCAGGAAUUUAUUACAAGAUAUUCUGGCGACGCAAUAGUACGGAGGUCGAAUUCCAGUCGUUGUCUCUUAAGAAGUAUGGCAAUAUCGGGACUUAUGUGGUUCACAUAUCGACCACUUAUUUCUACACACCGUACGAUGUCAAAGUGCAAGCUUUUAACGACAUCGGCGCAGGCCCUGAGAGCCAAGUGGUGACAAUAUACUCCGCGGAAGACAUGCCGCAGGUCGCUCCACAGAUGGUGUACGCAAGGUCAUUCAACUCUACGUCUUUGAAUGUGACAUGGAACCCCAUCGACCAGUCUCGAGAGAGACUGCGCGGCAAGCUUAUAGGUCAUCGUCUCAAGUACUGGAAGCAAGCAAAUAAGGAAGAAGAAUGUAUUUACUACUUGUCCAGAACGACACGCAACUGGGCUCUAAUUGUGGGACUGCAACCCGAUACUUAUUACUUUGUAAAGGUAAUGGCGUUCAACUCUGCGGGUGAGGGACCGGAGAGUGAGAGGUACUUGGAGCGGACGUUCCGUAAGGCACCACAGAAGCCGCCAGCGUCUGUCAACGUAUGGGCGUACAACCCCACCACCGUCCGUGUCGUGUGGCGAUACGUGCAGCCGACUGAGGAGGAGGAACCUCUGCUCGGAUAUAAGGUGAGAGUAUGGGAGAUCGAUCAAGAUAUGAGCACAGCCAAUGACACUAUAGUUCUAGUCGAGCACAAGCUCGAAGCCUACGUCACGAAUCUCACGCCAGGCAAGUCUUACAACUUGCGUGUUCUCGCGUACUCAAAUGGUGGGGACGGCAGAAUGUCUUCGCCGGCUAUCACCUUCCAAAUGGGAGACUACCACACUGACGCCUACAGUUACUCGGCACGAAGCUCCGCCCAAACUCUACAUGUACAAACUCUAGUAUUAUUCACAUCUGUUCUUUUAUUUUUCUCUCUUAAAUGUAUAAUUUCGUGA